UGGCCGCCUGAUCGAAAAAUUUGAGAAAAUGUCACCAAAAUAUUCGCCGUGUCAGCCUUUGCUAUGGCCCGAUUUGGUGUCUCCGCUUAUGUGCUGGAAACAGAUUAAUUAGAAGUAAGUUAAGUGAGGGCUGAUCUAACAAGAGAGCCAGGAUGCUACAUCCGUCGUCUUGAAGUAUGUCGUCUUUCUGUUCGUUCGUCCGUCGUGGGUCUCUACAGGGGUAAAAUGAAUUGAAAGAACUGUAAUCACAAAGUAGAAAUGUUUGGUCAAAAAUCUUCAGGGUCAGCCGACAAUAAAAUCUUCCUAUUUUCUUGCCUAAAAGUGCAUUCCGUUUACUUGUACUCAGUUCUUGUCUGCAUUCAGACAUAUUUCAAAAACGAAAGUCUCAGUGUCCUUUGUCUACUCAGACAGCUGUCGACAACUUCAGUGCGUCGGCCUGUGGGCUUUAAAUGAAAAACUGGGUUGUGAUUUCCUGGUGGGGCAACUCGGCUUGACCACAUGGACACCCAUAGUGUAACAAAGUGAUUUACAGAGCAUCAACGCCAAUACCGUGCAUACUACAAGUUACUAUGUCACGGCUAAUGGCCUCAGUUUGUGAGAUGUGGCAACUUUCCACCUCGUUUCGUUUCAUUCGAGAAGAGGCUGUCCAUGUUUCAUUGGACAUGUUGGAAAGUGCCCUCUCGAGUCUAAACUCAGACAGACAGUAAAUUGUCAAGUCUGAUUACGAGGAAUAACAGAUUUCACUGGUGUCACUUGUUGCUUGUCCUAGUUUGAUUCUUGGCGAGCUAUUCGAAGAGUGCCCACUCUGUAUUCCUCUUUAUACCAACCCGGUGGGGGGGAGGGGAUGUGCUCACUCUAAAGUCUGGUGAACAAGGGAGUCAUGGGGCCUGUGUGAAACGAGUCACUAUAUCAGACUUGAAAAUGGUGUCUUUCUGAGAAUCAUAGAAGACAUUCGUCAUCUUGCUCUUCUUGCUUGCAUCCAUCCAUCUAUAGACUCGUUGAGUGUGAAGUUUGCAAACAGUCAUCAGCUGAGAGUUACAACUCAGAUCACAUUUGCUUUGCUCGGUUGUUGAGUUGGAAAGCACCUCAUAAUCGGAGUAAUGGUAUGAACUCUGCUUUUGAUGUGCAUUUUUUGUGUUGGUGUGAUUUCCAGUGGUAUUGACUAGUGUACCAAACUGGAAAGAACUGCAAUUCUGAUGUCUCUACAGGUAACAAAUCCUUUUAAUUCUUAGAAAGGUAAAGUAUUAUGCAAUAAGUCAUGGACUGAUGUCUUGCUACAGGUUGACUUGACAUUCAGUUUUAGACACUUCUAACUUGUGCAAUCCCACUAGUAAUGACACUUCCCAGCAUGUACAUUUACAAUUACAAAAGUCCCAACAUUCUAAAGAGUUUGAUGAAAUUAUAAUGUAUUGCUCUAACUGUGGGUCACAGAUUGGCCUACUGGCCUGCUUAGGGGCCUAAUGAUAACUUACUGCAUGACAUGUACUUGUAUGCUCAUCAAAAAACUAAAUAAUCACAGCAAAAGUACUUGGUUAUGCAAAGCUUACUCUAGCUUGAGAUUAAUUAGGCAGAUUUGAGCCAUGAAGCCAAAAAUAAUGAUAAUCAUGAUCAUGAUGUCAUUGACCCGUUAGUUUGAAAAAUUCAUGGCAACUUUAUGGUUCAUACUACUCUGAAGACUUUUAAUCAGGUUGGCAGAGGUUGGAACAAAAUGUCCAGAUUUUGUACCAACGUUACACAUGCGCAUGAAUCCUGCUUGGUUGAAUUGGAACUUCAUAUGCAUAACUGGAUACAAAAUCCACAUUUUAUUCUCUGCAUGAGGCUGAUUCAAAGUUUUGAAAGGAGUCUUGCCCUCAGUUAGAUAAAAACAUACCUUGCCACAACUUACCUACACCCAUCGUCACCUGGAAUCUAAUUGUCGUCUUCCAUAUCGUUUCAGUUUGUCUCCAGCAUGUCGAACGGGAAAACUGGCCCUUUGUUAUGCACCGUGUGUAAGAAGGCAGGAAAGAGAAGCAACCUACAAACAUAUCAAAUCAACUUUGACGAGGCCAUCAUCUUGUGUGAGAAUCGUGAGUGCACCUACCCGAUCGACUGUCAGACCCCCAAGGAUAUCAUCGUCAAGAGGAAGUUUACCGACAUCAAACUGCGACGUCAGAAGCGGCUGAGUGUACCGUGGGACAGCAUGCCCAACUCACCCAAGUCGAACUCCAGUGUGGAUUCGUUUCCUCUAGAAAGUGUCCGUAGUGUUCCGAGGAUGCAGUCAGCAAGGAGUGCCGCAAUGAAUAUACCGACUGAUUCUGUGAUUUCAUCAGAUACCGUUUCAUCGUCAGGUCAACCUGUAUCGGAUGCGAGGACGCAAGGACAGACAAAUAUUGUGACAGUUCCUCAAAAUAGCACAUUUUCUGGACAGCAAGUAGUUCAUGUGCAGACGUCCACCGGAGCCAUUCUUCAACUGAAUCCAGAGACUGCAGGGCAAGUCCUAUCUGGCGCUCCAACUUUACACAAUGUUGCCACAAGCCAACCCGUCUCGAAAGCUUCAGCGUCGCAAAUCUUGUUCCAAAAUAUGAAUCAAAGCACCGUUGGAUCUGUCAUGACGCAGGCUCAGCCGCAGUAUGUUCCUAUUCAACCGGGGAAUCUUCCCCCUCCGACGAUUUUAUCGCAAGCAAGUAAUGUACACAUAGCUGCACAGCCACAGGCUUCUACCACGUCAGGAGGUAUGUCUGUCGCCAAAUUGCUUGCGCAAUCGCAAGCUGUUGCGCUGUCCAGGAGUAUGCCUUUGGUGUCCUCGGUCAAUCAACUGCAGACUGUUUCACAAUCGGGAAGUACAUCUUUAGCGCCAUCCGCAGCACAAGCACAAACUGUUGUCCAGUCUGGAAGUGUAUCUGUUGCACAAGUGACUGUACAACCACAGAAUGUUCUGCCGUCGGGAAUCCUGUCGAUACCUCUAUCAGCGACGCAAUCACAAACUGUCUCACACUUCGGAAAUGUUUCUAAUGCGUCUUUGGCUGCGGAACCACAAACUGUUGAUCUAUUGACAAAUACAUCUGUAGCGCAGUUCGUCUCGCAACCACAAACUAUUAUCCAGUCGGGAAGUACAUCUGUAGCGCAGUUGAUCGCACAACCACAGAUUAUUAUCCAGUCGGGAAGCACAUCUUCAACACAGGUGGUUAAGCAACCAACUGUUCCAAACAUUCCUCAUAGUCCAGGAAGGGUGGCGUCUACAGCCACGCCAGAGCAACAAUACAAACUAGCUAUGCUUAAGAAGGCAAUUCUAAAACAUCAGCUGCUACAGCAGAGAGCUGCUUUGAGCCAAGCUGCCAAUCAGCAGGGAGUAGUCGCAACACCACAGGGCGGACAGACUAUUGACCCAAAUAUUUUGAGUCAGCUUGAACAGUUGGGAAAAGGGGUGUCGGUCAGUCAUGUUGCAAGUGCUGCUGUGCCCACCGAUAGUGCUCCCACUUCGGAUUUAAAUAUUGUUCAGCCGACAUCAGUAUCAAUGCCACAAGAUAUCCAGUCGGUCGAUCCUAAUCUAAUCGGAGAUGUUGGUAUUGAAAUAACCGUCGCUGACGUUGCAAGUGUUGCUCUGCCCGCUGAUGGUACGACCACUUCCAACGUGGAACUUGAAUAUGAUUCAGGAGUACCAUCGCAAAAGAGUUGUCUAUCGGUCGACCCAAAUCCUGGUGACAGCGAAGGAGUGAUUGUCAGUACUGUUGUGAGUGGCUCGGCUCGGCUCGCUACCUCUCCGUCGGAGUCCACAUCAGUUACUGUGCCGCAAAGUGUCCAGUCUAAUCUCCUGAACCAGCCUGGAGGUGACGGAUUGAACAUUGAGCAAGUCACUUGUCAGCCUGCACCUGCUAACAGUAGUGCUUCCACCACGCCAGAUUUGAACCCAAACAUCAAAUACAUCGAAAUCACAAUAGAACAAGCAGCAAAGAUUCCUGGGAUCACACCAGAAAUGGUAGCCGAUAUGCGAUUGCAGUCACAACAGGACAAGAAGUCGCCUCGGGUGCUUAUUCCGUUUGAUCGACUUAAAGAUAUCAUGAACCAGCGCCGGGGGACGCAGAUUGUACACGUUGAUCUCACUGCGAAAACACAAGUGCCUCAGCCCUCGCCAAGCCGUACCCCGCAGGUCGGUCUCACCUCUCCACGCGCACAGGCCGUUCCGUUGGGGCGUGGGACUCCUAGGACUGCCUUCGCUAAAUACGGUCCUAAACCGCAAACUGGUGCUCUUAUUAAGACUGUGUCUGUCCUGCAAAAACCUAAGAUCUCGAUUGAAAUGAAAAAUCCAUUGCCUCCAACAAGUCAGGUGCCUGAUAUUAUGACCUUUUCUAGCAGUACAACUGGAGGAGUAAGGACUGUCAGCGUUCAACAGAAGUCUUUCCAGCCAUCUGUGAGUGGGAUAACUAUUCAACAGGUAUUGCCACAAGCUGUUGCGCAAUCAACAGCAUCUGUGGUGACAUUUCAGACAAGGAACAAAUCACAGAGCGUUCCAACUGUGACCAGUGCUCCCACAAGUGCAACACAACCCUCGGCUGCACCUCAGCUGAUUUUCACGGACGUCGCGUGUAACCCUGGUGACCGUUUUAUUCAGUGGAGGAACGAGGAUGCUCUUUGUUGGCUAGAUGUCGUAUUAUCACUCCUCGUGUUCAACAAGUCUAUCCGAUCUCCGGUCGUAAUGAAUAAAUUUGAUUCUACAAAUGUUAUAAGGACGAUAUGUGCCGCGUAUGAUCAAGCUCUGAAUAUCAUCAGGUCGCCCUCAUGGGAAGAAGGGUCACCGGUGAAGGCUAGUGGCCAAGUUGGCUGUAUCAAGGGGAUGGUUGGUACUGGUGGGGGUGGGACGGAGGUCUCGACCCCUUCCAGUCUCGGCUCAGCAGAAGGUGGCGUACUUAUGGAGAAGUUCUUCGACAGCAUUGAUACAGAUAAGUCAAAAUGUGAUCAGACAAAGUCGCUAUCUGAAUCUGCUGCAUCUGGCGAGGUCAGCAAUUCGGCUACAGAAGCAGAAAUUCCAUCUAAAACACCAACUCCAACAUCUUUGCCAAUGGUAAGUAUAAAGAGUGGAGCAUCAGAAUCAAAUAGUGACAGUCAGCAAUCCCCUGUGUCAUCAGUUGAGGGGAUGAAGGAUCUUCCUGCGAAUGAUAAUCGGGAGAUGGUGGAACAUGUGAACUCUGAUCAAAUGGAAACUGACGAGGAAGGGACUGCCACAACUCCUAUAACUAAUUGUGACGAAAAAUUGACUCCGGUGGUUAUCUGUGAUAGUGAUGAAAUGGAGGCUGGUGACGGCACUGACACAGGGCAGACGCCUAUUGACAAGUGUCGUCAGGUGUCGGGGCAAAGUGAUACGAAAUCGACAGGGUCUGUGCCAUCUGCUGAAAUAGACACUGAUGAGAGUUCGAGUGUGGUUAAACAACUUGAACAAGUGCAUUUGGCUGAAGGUGAAGUUGUUGAUGAAAACAUUGGUGAGAAUUGUGACGCCAUUGACAGUAUCAGUGAUAAUCAAUCGGAAACUUUACCGCAUGCAAGUGAUAUCAUUCCGCAAUCGACAACUGAAAUAGUGUCCAAGUCUGCUCAAGUUGUUACUCCAUCGGGACAAUCAAAUGAAAGUUCUAUCGCGGACGAAAACAUUACGUCUGACGCUCCAUCAACUUUGACACAAACAACAUCAGAUAAAGUAUCGCAAUCCAUACCAACAUCUACAAGUGAAAAUUCCGUAACUGAAAGAACCAUCGCUGCAGCCGUGCUGUCCGAGUCACAUUCUGUCUCUGCUGCUUCCGCCUCACAAACUGAAACAAAACCUGCCAAAAAGCCAAGUGCACGCUUCUUUGUACCCGUAAUGGCAAGCUCUGACCCAAACCAACAAGUCCGCCAUAUCAAGUUUUCCCGCCCGCUGAGCGUGGACAUGAAGAAGAUUCUGGCGCUGCCGCCGGAGGACCGCCAAGCGAUGGUCAAAGACUUGACAAAGGAAGAUAAGGAUGAAUUGAUUCAUUAUUACAUCCAGUACUUAUUCCCAGGCCUCGAGAUCGAGCAAUACUUUGAGGCCCGUGACGUUAUCAACGGGGCUCGUGACGAGAUGUGGACUUACCUGGAACCGAGGUUGAAAUGCGAGAAGGGGAAGAACGAUAGUCCGAUGAUCGCCCUCUAUAUGGUGUUAUCGAGUAUCAAGGCGCUGAAGGCCAACUUCCUCGUGAACGCCACCUGGAUCUUGCAGUGUCAGAUCUGCGGCAAGAAAAAGAUUGAAAGACAAUCAAAGACCCUCAUCACCUUCCCGAACGUUGGCCCCAACUGGACCAUGCACAACGCUUACUUCAUCCGAGCGUGUUACUUCUGUGGUGCUCCCAAACAGAAGCGCAACAUGGUUGUAAAGGACUUCCCACCAUCUGUUGCACUCCACUUCAUGGAAGGCCUGCCCAGCGCUGACCUGGAGACCUACGACUUCACGCAGGGCAAGUUCACCUAUCGAGUGACGGGUUGCAUCCAGUACAGAAAGUUCCCCGACCACUUCAUCACGUGGCUUCGAGACCCAAACACCAACUCGUGGAUGGAGUGCGAUGACCUCAAGCUGCCUGUGUGCCAGUACACCAAGAACAAGCCAAGCAUGCAGCCAUCUGAAGUCCACAUCGUCGUCUGGGAGAGACAAGAAUUCUACCUCGCCGGGACUGAUCCAGUGCAGACGGACAUCGCUGACCCAGAAGCCGAAAUCUCUAUGGACUCCACUGCUUCCUCAAACGUAUCUACCUCAAAGAGUUCGAUGAUUUCCUCAACGUCAGCCACGCUGCCUGCUGUUACAUUCUCCGCUGUUACCUCGACACCAUAUUUUGCCUUGACACCGCCACCUCCAACAUCCGUGCAAGCUGAUUCGCAGACGUCAACGUCGGUGAUGAAAACACCACCGAAAAUCCAGUUACCGCAAGUUGUGCCGAGUUCUCCAGAUGUUGCCAUCAUCGGUGUGUCUCCGUCGCCAGAUGUGGCAAUAACGCAAGCAACCUCGCCCCCAGAUCUUGUGACGACACACAUUGAGACUGCAGCAAAACGUGUGAUAGGUGCAACGUCAGGAGUACGCCGCAGAUCAGCUGACUCUUCACGGAGCGCACCGGCGGCCAAAGUUGCUCGCUUGGCAAACCCUCCUGCCGUGUCGUCAACUGUGCUACCAACUGGACAACAAACAUUCCGACCGAUCCAAUCGACAAGCAGCUCUGCCUCUUCCUUGUCGGAUUCAAUCCUCUCAGACGUCAGGGACGCGAUGACCACCUUGACAGCGCAGCAAAAUCGCGAGUUAUCGGAAAUGAUGCGCCAGAUUCAGGAGAUAGUCACCAAGUACAAACUGUGUCUAAAGCGAAUUGCAUUGUCCGGUGAAUCCCCUGCGACGCGAACAUUAAAGUCUCAGCUUCAGAAGUCCUUGCUGAACAUUAUUACACGAAUGCCUCCGAGCAUCGGGAAGGGUUUAUUUCGCUUUUAUCAGCAGGAGGGAAUUAUAGCAGAGAAUUUGGUGCUGACGAUAAGACAUACUAGCCAGCCUCCAGGAACAUCUAGUGCUGCUAGUCAACUGGUAGGACCAACUCCUGGCAUGAUUUCACAACCUGCCAGUGCUGCUUUGGCCGGCAUUCGACCUGUGAUGGUGCCGUGUCAACCAGCAAGUACAGCACCACAGGUCCAGUCUCCAGUUCUUCGGGGGGAGUUAACAGGUACGACGCCUAGAGUUGAGAAAUCAUACCUGAAACUUGUACAGCCUCUACUUAAAAUGUCGCCGGCCUUGGGCCAGAAAGGACGACAGAGGGGACAGUAUGCUGGCUAUGUGCCUCGCUCGCAACGGAAUCCUGGUGCAGCGACAACCGCAGUGAUCUCACCAGCUCAAUCCUCGAUGACUGCUGCUGCUGCUGCUGCUGCUGCUGCUAGGCCACAAACAUCCACAUGUCAACAGCCGUUAGCCGCAGCUCCAAGACCCCAAGCAUUGUCCACCAACCAGCAACCGUUGGCACCGACAGCCAAGAGCAACGUUCGCCAAGGAAUCCAGCAGCGCUUGGCUCAAAAUAUCAGAUGGCCUGUUCAACGCAUGAUUACAACAGCAGGACAAGUGGUUGUGUUGGCAGAUGGGCAAGGGACGAAAAUCAUCCAGCCGCAGGGACAGAGGAUACUUGGCCCUGCUGCUCUGAACCGCAGGGAGGUAAGCGUUCCAAGUACGGGGGUUAUAGCUCGUGUUGUAGCCUCACCUUCUACGGCCGUUCCGGCAAGACCACCUGGCGCUCCUGAUGAGAUCACCGUUGCUGAUCUGCUGAGAGCAAGGAAUCCUGUGAAGGUGACACUGAGUUCACCACUACCAUCUUCAACUCCAGUUGGAUCACUUCAGGCCACUCCUGCUUUGAGGACUUCUCUCCAUGACGCCCCCAGUAGUGAUGCAACCACGGCUCAGACAAUACCGGUAUCCCAAUCUUCUACAAAGACUGUCCAGUCUCUGACGUCGGUGAUGACCCCUCUCGAGGCAAGCGUAGCAGAGACUCUGCAACUGAUGGCGUCAUCUUCCACCGGUGAUGUGUCAACAGCAUUCAGAGCUGCAGCAUCCGCGGUAGUCAGCGAGGCGCUAUCAAGUUCCUCAUCUGCAAACAUUAGAAAUGUGGAGCAAGAGAAUGUGGUAACGAGCAUGCCAUUUGAUGCAGUUACUUCUCCACCAGAUGUCAUCCAAGUACAGCCUCAGAAUAUCGAAAUGGAAAUGACUGCUGGUGCUACUUCAGAUCCAGUGUCUUCAACCGCUCCUGAAUCCAAUGUAGCCAGUGCUACAGCUAGUGCUUCCCCUGUUCAAUCUCCUGACAUCAAUGCAACACUGUCUGUUCCUGUCCAAGCUGUUCGGACUGAGGAAGUUUUGACAGCUAGUCCAGAACCUGUUGUAAGCAAGAUCAUGCACGAACCUGCUCCUUUGCCUGUUGUGAGUAAGAUGAUACACGUACCAGUGGGAUUGCCUGACGUGAGUUCCAGCUACAUUCCUGCGACACCCUUUAUACCUGCUCCAAGCGUUGAACCGUACCCACAACCAGCAUCAGCUGUUGGUCCAACUGAAUCGACACGGAUGCUUGUUUCUAUGGAUGACCCGGCUACAAUUUCUGAAGUUGUUGUGCCAGCACCGAUGGAAGUUUCUGCUGCACCUGUAUCAUGUGACACUGUAUCAUCAGCAGCACCUAUUACCAGCAUUGAAACAGCACCAACACCUGUUGCUAAGAAACAGACCCGAUCACCUUUCCCAAAAGUUGUUGCUCCUGCAGCAAAAGAACAACUGUCAGUUACCUCUCCUACUGAGAGCCUUGGAUUCGGCAAAAGGGUUCGCCGUAAACCUGCCAGGUUUUUAGACGAUGACGAGAGCGACUCGAGCAGCAUGAGUGGAAAGUCGCCAUCCCGGUCUUCAACCGGAAGCAGUCCUAAACGUGCGAGGGGACACCGGCGUAAACAAUCAGUUGAGCGAUCUGUCUCUGCUGUCGUCUUGGAGGUUCAAUCAGCGAGUGAAAGUUCUCCAGGGAGAGGCAGAGCACGGGGGAGGGGAAGUGUUGAGAGGUCUGUGUCCACUCCGCUACUUGAUGUGCCGAUCUUGCUUGGGGAUGAUGUGGCAGUUCAUCAGAGGAGAGGUAGAGGGCGCACAAGUGGGAGAGGGCGGGGGCAUGCAAGCUCGCCAGUGGCUAUGGACAUUCAUUCUCAACCACCGGUUUCCCUGCUGGCGCAAGCAAAUGCACCAGUCCUUCCAACAGCUGUACAGUUUGUGUCGCAGCCUACUACUUCACUAACGAUGCCCCUGCCUUCACCACAGAGUGCUGAUCAGCAAACGGAACAGGGCCGUCCACGCAGGCAGCCAACCAGAAAAUGUCUUGACGGUCUUACUCCACAGCAGUUGGAGUUGUUGAAGCAGCUCCAGACCAGCCAAGGGCCUGGGGAAAUGGUGAUAAAUAUGGACAACGUGCAGGUUGGGGCUGACGGGAGUUUGUUCAUUGUACAGAGUGCGGACAUGGCGGAGGCCACAACUGUCUCUGCACGGAGUCGAUCUGAUUCAAAUGAUUCAUCACAGGAUGUGACUGUUAUCUCUGGUAGUGGUGAUGCCAAGUAGAAAGUCUCUGUUAACCUGGUUCAAAAAAUGGAAUUCCAAGAUGGGGGCCAAGCAAUUAACCGAAAUUUGAAGGUGAAAAAUGUCUAGGCUCAGUUCAGAUGUAUAUGGUUGAUAAAUAUUGGGGUGAUUCGAGGUCAUCAUGAUGUUGUUGUGAAGUCAUUUUGACCCCUCGGUGAUGUCGCCUGACCUCGCUGGUUUAGUGGACCAAGGCGUAACAGGACUUCUAUUUUUCUUGGGCCUGGUGACCGUGCUUUGGUCUGAAGCCCGCCUGAAAGUGCAACUUGCGAUCGUGUAUUAAAUAUUCACUUUGGGAAUGACUAUGAUUGAUGUGGUUGUACCAAUAUCCUUGACAUGACUGCCAACCAAUCAGUACUUUCAAUAUUCAGGUUUGGCGCGCCCGUUCGCAAUUGAAUUGCCAUGAUUUGGCGAGAGAGUAAUAGUGUUGUGCGAAAAUUGAUCGAAGUCUAUCAAAAAUAUCCACUUCCACACCAAAUGCACCAGGGAACGAUCGUUUGUCAGUCAAACUUUAUUAUAUUUGUGGGUGGCCGCGCUAUCGCACGUGGUUGCUAUCGGCUGCAUUGUAGUUCUACCUGUUGCCGCCACAGUGAUUUUGGUGGCGCUGCUGGUCGCCUUACGCAGACAUUAUCGGCUAGUUUCCCGCUCGCUUCGUUGCCAUGGAGUCUCCGGUCAUGGGUUCCUCAAAUCGUUCGUUGAUUGGCUAGUCUCAGUACUGGCGGGCUGCCAUUCUCGCACAUGUUACUGUGUGCUGGGUCGGCCCCAAGAUGGACAAACGAUCGGAAAUGGCUAGAUCUGACUUCAUGAAGGGUUGGCAGCCUAAUGGUUGUAAUAAUAGGAAUUAUAAGUUUGUACAUAUUUGUAGUUUAAUUACAAUUUAUUAUUUGCUAGUCUUGAAAUUGCAUUUUGGUAGUUGUACCAGUCUGGUUAACCCUUUGCUUCAUGUAGAUAAAUAGCUAUUACAAUACCUUCCAUAAUCACGAGGCAAUAGAAUUACACUUCUCUUUUGUUCUGGCUAUUGUAAAUAGGACAAAGCUGUCUACUUAUAUUGUAGAACAUUUCCCAAUGUCCACUCGAGCUCCACUCGGGGAUGUUGCCUUGUGUGAUUACAGUGUUGGUGCGGUGUGUCCAGGGGUUCCUGUACAACUAAGAACAACCCAAGUCAGUCUCAUAGUAACGCAUUCAUUUUCUUGUCUAGAAGGCUCCAGUUGUAUAUAAUAAUUGUACAUGAAUUUUGAUGGAACGAAUUUAUGAAAACAAUCAUGAUACAUGCCAGAUUAUGUGUUGUCCUGUUGAAAGUCAACUUCUGCUACCAUGAGGUUUUUGUGCACACUGUAAUGUACACACAGUGUGUGUAUACCAUGUAUACAGCAUGAAGUGUAGAUUGGUUCCAGCCAGCGACAGUGGGAAUCAGUAUUGUGUCGUAAUAUUAUUGGAUGUUUUGUGACUAGACCAAGCAUACAGGUUUCCAAUUAGUUUGCUUGAGCAUGUCAGAUUUUCGUUGACAUCUCAGGUAUUCUCAUAGGGCAGUAUUGAUUCAGCCUCAAAACAAACUGGUACCAAGCUACAUGUAUGUUCUUGUAAGGGAUUGUAUCUCGAUGAAAGUGAGGGCAGGAAUCGUACAUUUAUUUGCUUGGGUGUCUAAAAUGAUUGUAAAUGGCAGAUGUUGAAUCGAGAUACAGUCUCAUGUUGACAAGAGAGUUAUUUCUGGAUAACAGAAAAUCAAUAAGCCAAUUUAUUUUGUAGAUUUUGUACCCGAUACAUCAAUAAAUCUGCAUGUACAUUA